AUGGACAAGGAGAAAUCUCCUUUUCCGGAAAAGGAUGACGAGGAGAAUGUGGAAUGUGGCCACUGUGGAAUGGUGUUCUUUGACAAUACAAUGUACCUCCUCCAUCAAAGUCUUCACUCUGAAGGUGAUCCGUUCAAAUCUGCAUUAUGCGGAACUCAAUGCGAAGAGAAAUACAUGUUCACAAACCCAUGUCAUCUUUGCGCAUCAUAG